UGGCGACGAAGAAAUGGCUUUGAUUAAUCAAACAGCUGUAACAUUUUGUCUUAUCUCUGAAAAUGGUGAGCGAUUUUAAUGAUUCAUUUCUUUGGAGAUUUAUUUUAUUGAAACGUGUUUUUGUUUAGCCGUUGAGAAAUUCAUACGAGCUUCUCGUGCGUUAGAUUAGGAGAUCGAAGACCAUAUUUGUCCCCAUCGAUCUGCUCGUAGUAAAUGCACAGUUUGUGAAAGGAUAGCAUCAAAAUGAAACGUAUAGAUGAUUACGAGUGUUGUUAAAACGAAUCAUUGAAAUGAAUGUGUAAAUUUAGUCUACUCUCUGUUGAUGAUUUUUUAGGGUUCUCAAGUGAAAGAUGUCAAACUUCCUCCUAAUUCGCCAACACAACUGGUGUUGAACAAGCACGCUGAUUUUAUUGCAGCAUAUGGGAAGAAGAAAGACGACUAUGUAUGUGAGAUGAUGGAUAUGUUAAAUUUUUUAAGGAAGAUUGUAUUCUAACUGACUUACUGACAGAUAGAUUGAUUGACUCACUUAAUGGGUAUUUGGUCACUUUGUUCGAUGGUUAUUUUGCUACAAGUUUCAGUCACAUCGUUCCAAAACGUCGUCAUAUCGUUCCACUACGAAGUCACAUUGUUCCACUAAAGGUUUCAUUUGCUGCACCCCAUUAAAGCUCUUUUACUCAUAUUGAAGUCAUAUUUGAGAGACUUGGAGACAGAAACUUUCUGCACUAUUUUAGUACAAAAGCUUACAGAAAAGAAUUUACCUAAUAUCUUUAAAGAUGGCCCUUCACUGAAUGACUGCCUGACUGACAGACCAACUCACUGACUGACUAGCUGACCAAUGACUUCUUGAUUGACUUCCUGAAUAAGUGACCAACUCACCCAGAUUAUCUGACCUACAACUGACUACUGACUGACUGACCAACUUGAUCACUGACUUCCUGAAUAGCUGACUAAUGAUUAACUUAUUGACUGGCCAAUUGCCCAAAUGAUCACUGAAAUAAUUGACUGACUCUCUGACUAUUUGACUCACAACUGGCUGAUGACUGACUAACCAACUCAUUAACCUUCUGAAUAGCUAACUAACAAUUAUCCUAAUGACUGACCAACUGCCCAAAUGAACAAUCCUGAACAAGUAACUGACUGACUAUUUGACCUACAACUGACCUAUGGCUGACUGACUUCCUGACUGCCUGAACAGGUGACUAACCUCUGGACCAAUUGAUGACUUGAACUACUGACUAACUUCCUGACUCACUGACUGAUGGGUCAGUGAUGUCUGUUUCAAAGAAAACAAGGAAACAAACAAGAAAAACUUUACCCUUUUCCUUCCUGUUUAUGUCAAUUGGAAAUUACUUUUAAAAUUAGCAGUUGACCAUUGCCUGCCUAGACUGGACAAAGUGCUAAUGCUCACAACAUCAGCUUUGUAAACUUUUUAAAGCAGUAAAUUUACAUCAUCAUCAUAGUUGAUAAAACCAAGUUGUCCUAGAUUAAACUUAGCCAUGUGCAGGCUGGGAUAAUUUUCAUUAUGUAAGUAACAAAAGUUAAUACUAUAAUAAAGAUUUUUUUGUUGUUAAAAAGAUAGCAUAUUAACUUAUCUUUUUUGUCGUCUCUAUAUAGUUAUACAUUAAAUAAUAAAAAACCAAGUAGAAUGUAGCAAUUACUACUAAAUAAGGUGUCAAAGACUACUUGAAUCAACCAGCCUUUAAUAUUUCAGCAAAACUGACACAGCAAUUUUUAGAAACCAGACUUAAAACAGUUGACUGACAAACAGCUCCUCCCUCAACUUUGAAAAAUUAGGUAAUUGGUGUGAUCUAAGUCACCUUCACCAACGACGUUCUUAGUACUGGACUGCCCUUACACAUAUGGUUAUAUAACAAGAUUAUUUAGUAACAGUAUUUUGAUGAUUUUCCAUUAGGAGUACUGUAUUACAGAAUACUUACGCAUGAGUGGAGUGUACUGGGGUCUAACAUCAAUGUUUCUUAUGAACAAGCAAGAUAUGAUGGAGAAAGAUGAAAUCAUUGAGUUUGUUAAGUCUUGUCAACAUGAAAAUGGUGGAUUCAGUGCCAGUCAUAACCAUGACCCUCAUCUACUGUACACACUAAGUGCCAUCCAGGUAUGGGGGACUGAAACACUUCAUAAAAACUCUCUUCAAUGUCAUCUUAAUUGCUCACUUGGGGUUUACCUUUGAAGCCUGCUGUAAUUUCUGUAAAAACUAUUUUCAGGGAAUGGAACUCAAGAGAGGUCAUUUCCAUAGUGUCAUCUCUCACUUGUUUCAUCUUAUAAGAUAUAAACAUUGAACAUAUGACAUCACUCUAAACUUGCAACUUAAGUUUUCAACCAGUUUUAAUUUCAUUCUAGAAACUGUAAGCUAGCUUACAUUCUAUAAUAUUUGCUCUUCAAUCUUUUCUGUUCCAUUCUUUUGUUUGAUAACAUCUAAAAUUAUCACUACUUUAUCCACUGAAAGGACAUUUAAUUCUACCUCUCCAUUCCUUGAGCUUGAAGGUCAUUUCUAUUUAUUAUUUCUUUAUUCUAGGUUUUAUCACUUUAUGGAUGCAUUGAACUAAUAGAUGUCAGUAAAACAGUGGACUAUGUAUCAAAGCUUCAGCAAGCUGAUGGAUCAUUUGUAGGAGACAAGUGGGGUUAGUUUAAACAUUUACUUGGUUAUCUUGAAAAUCCAGCUGAACUAUUUCCUGUGCAACUAAAGAUGUUGUUUUACAUAAUCAUGUCAUGUUGUCCUUCAGUAGCAUUUCAAAAUGGUAAAAUAUCAUGUAGUUUCAUGUGAGGCUUAAAUUACUUUAAAAAUUAAAUACAAGUUUUGACUCAUUUUCAAUUUUUGAAAGCUUUUGCUGAUCAUUGGUAAUAUUAUCAUUAUCAGAUCCUAAAUGAAAUCAUGGAUUGGCAAAAGCUUGGAGACUUGGUUUUAACUUGUUUUUUAAUUUUUACAGCAUUUUAAGGUCUCGCUAGAAACUGUUAUACUGUAAAGAUGUUGUAUUAUUUUAUGAAACUGUAACCCUUUAAAAUAUAUGAUACAUGUUAAACUUGGUUUAUUCAUCAUUAGAAUUUGCACCUCUGGUGCUAAGCUCAUAUUACCUUUGUGGGUUUCUUAUUAACCUUAGAUAAAGACUUAUUAAACUGAGAUGAUGAUGCUUCCAUUUGUUAUGUAACUAUGUGGAUUUUUUUUUCUAAUCUUCAGGGGAAGUUGAUACAAGGUUUUCAUUUUGUGCUUUGGCUAGCUUAAAGUUGCUGGUAGGUCUGUGUAAUUUGAUACAAAUUCUUCAAUUUGAUUUAUUUUUCUGAGUAUUUAAGAACUACCACUCGCCUGUGCUGUGGAAAGCUUGAGGCAAUCAUGUUUUCUCAACGCUGUAACUGUGAAUAAAGCUUGCAUUUUUGAACAAACACAUUCAUGAUUAUGAUUACAAGUUAUCUCUGUCUUUCAUCAGGGCCACCUGGAAGCAGUAAACGUACCAAAGGCUGUUGAAUAUGUGUUGUCAUGUAUGAAUUUUGACGGCGGCUUCGGUUGCAGACCAGGAUCAGAGUCACACUCAGGGCAGGUAGUACAGUUGUCAUUGAUUUUACAUUACUUUAGAUAUUUGCCACAUACAAAAUAUAUAUAUAUAUAUAGUUAUGUAACUAUAGAUAUCUUUGCAAAAAGGGACUUUUCAGAGCCAAUAGAGUCAAAAUUUCCACAUAAUCAUACAGUUGUUUAAAAUUCAGAAAUGGAGUUGAACUCAGAACAGCUUAGAAAUAAGUGGAUUGAGUUACAAACUGGUUUGAGUAAAUCUGUGACAACAGGAUUUCAAUUACAACACUGUAACCUCUUGGUUACACCACCUCCAUAUGCAAGGAUGGGAUAUCUCUCAGCACUGAACAAACUUUGGAUGAAACUUGAUCUUAUGUUUGGUCAACAUAUCCUGUACUCUAAGAACUUGAAUGAAGGCUAACUUGUGUUUUAUUUCUUUACACUCAUGAAGCAGCAGGUGUAAUGCAUGUUCAACCAUUCCUCUUUGCAGAUUUAUUGCUGUCUUGGUGCUCUUGCCAUAGCUGACUCUCUCCAUCAUGUGAAUGCUGAUAUGUUAGGAUGGUGGCUUUGUGAGCGACAACUGCCAUCUGGUGGUUUAAAUGGUGAGUGACAGACACUUGACUAUGUGAUAGCCACAGGGUGAUUGGAACGGGUAGGACUGCCAUUCAUUAUGGAAUGGACUGCCAUUCAUUGGAAAGGGUAGGACUGCCAUUCAUUAUGCUGGAACUGUGACUCUAAUCUUGUCAGAGUAUUUUUUCUUUUCAAAAUAACAGCUUUUAAGAUUGCAGAAAACCCAGAAGUCAAUAGUUAUUCAAGAUUGCAAUGGUUCUGCCUCACAACUCACCGUGACUGGACUUUAAAUUCAGGCUAUUAUCUCAACCAUGUGUUUUCCAAACUAAAAAAAUUAAUGAAGAUUCUUCUUCCCUAUUUCCUUUUUUCUUAUUGGAGGAAGGGAUAUGGGUCAGGAAGAAGAGAAAAAAUCGGCAGUUGUGUUUUGUUUUGGUGUUCUAGUAACAUAGAAAAGGGAAAGCUAAGAUAUUUAAUUUAAAUUCACUCUAGGUCGUCCAGAGAAACUCCCAGAUGUUUGUUACUCAUGGUGGGUGUUGGCAUCACUCAAGAUCAUCGGAAAAUUACAUUGGAUAGAUAAGGUAUAGACACAACCAGACUGUCUGACAGACAGACAGACAGACCAGACUGAGGCAGACAGACAGACAGACUGGACUUACAAUUGAAUUGAUAUUGUAGGUUGGAAACGGUGAAGGGUUUCUAAAGCUGACUUUUCGAGAGUUAGCCCUUCGUCAGAGCGAAUGGGAAAAAGAAAGUCAGUUAGUCAGUCAGCCAGACAGUAUAAACAUUGAUGCUUUUCCGCGAGACAGCUGUUAUAAUUGUUAUAUUUAACGUAUUUAUGUUUUAGGACAAAUUAGCGAGUUACAUCCUUGCCUGUCAGGAUGAAGAGACGGGUGGAUUUGCUGAUAGACCGGGUGAUAUGGUAAGGCUGAACGUUGACCAGGUAGAACUGGGCGACUAUCUUUUUUCUAAUAUAAGAGACAAAUUGAAUGAUAAAGGAAGGACUCGUGAAAAUUAGGGAUUUAGCGGAAUUUGAGCCAAUUGGAAAGGAAAACGAAAUGAAUAUGAAAAAAGCACCAUAAAGCUUCUCUUUGGUUCGUUUUGUAAGCUUCCAUCAGGCAGUUCUUUGUCUUGUACAUACUACAAAAUUUCUAUUUUACUCAAUGUUAACUUACCUCCGCGUAACUUGUCAUCCAAAAGGAAGUGAUGACAUAUCCGAUCCAACCAAAGUGUCGAUUGAAACAUUACAAUCGUAGCGUCGGCCGCAAUCCUACUCAAUGUCCUACGUAAGACAAGGAAGACACAAACAUCGUACCUGAAUGUGUUGAUUCCCUAGAUGAGGUCCAUUAAAUUAUGUAAUCUAGCGAUAAAGGUUAUUUUAUUUCUUCUAAAUGCUACGUGGUUUUAAAUUCGUCGUCUUUUCACAUUUGCAGGUCGAUCCGUUCCACACGCUGUUUGGCUUAGCAGGUUUGUCUCUGUUGGGAUCUUCCGAGGUUAAACCUGUCAAUCCUGUUUACUGUUUACCUGAGGAAACAAUCGAAAAUUUAAACAUUCGACCUGAACUACUGGCGUGA